CUUACUGACAUAUAUAUAUAUAUAUCUAUAUAUAUAUAUAUCCUGGAUUGGACUUUUUAACUCAUCAGCAUCUGCUCACAUAUAUAAUCCUCUUAUCUGUUACAGAGAACAAACUUGUAGAAGAAGAUGGAGAGAUCGAUAUCGAUGUCGGUAUCGGAGAAGCUUGUUCUAAUUGCUUGUAGUUUUGUUAGUUUCUUCCUUGGUCUACUCUUGUUCAUCUUCUUCAGAAGAAACAAGGCAGACCCAGCUCCUCACAGAAGAGUUCUCAAGCUUCCCCCUGGCUCAAUGGGCUGGCCUUACAUUGGAGAAACUCUCCAACUCUACUCCCAAGACCCCAAUCUUUUCUUCGCUGCCAAACAAAGAAGGUACGGCGAGAUCUUCAAGACCCAUAUUCUAGGCUGCUCUUGCGUGAUGCUGGCGAGCCCCGAGGCGGCCAGGUUUGUGCUAGUGACCCAAGCUCACUUGUUCAAGCCAACUUUCCCGAAAAGCAAGGAGAGGUUAGUUGGGCCCUCUGGACUGUUUUUCCACCAAGGCGACUACCAUAUUCGGCUGAGGAAGCUGAUACAAGGCUCCUUGUCCCCGGAAGCCAUUCGAAACUUGGUUUCUGAUAUCGAAGCCAUUGCUGUAUCCGCCUUGAAUUCCUGGUCUGGCGGCCAUGUCAUUAACACUUUCCAAGAGAUGAAGAAGUUCUCGUUUGAAGUGGGUAUACUUGCCAUAUUUGGCCAUUUGGAGGCUCACUAUAGAGAAGAGCUGAAGCAGAAUUACGGAAUAGUAGAAAAAGGGUACAAUUCUUUCCCCACGAACAUCGCCGGAACGCCAUAUAAAAAGGCAUUAUCGGCAAGGAAGAGGCUGAGCGAGAUUCUGAGUAGAAUAAUUGGCGAGAGGAAGGAAAAGAAGUCAAUAGAGAAGGAUCUGUUGGGCUGCCUCUUGAAUUCUAAAGACCAAAAGGGAGAGGUUCUAAGAGACGAACAAAUCGCCGAUAACAUUAUUGGAGUGCUUUUCGCCGCCCAGGACACCACCGCCACCGCCAUGACAUGGAUUCUCAAGUACCUCCAUGAGAACCCCAAGCUUCUAGAGGCUGUCAAGGCUGAACACCAGGCAAUAUACCAAUCAAAUGAACAAGGUAAUCAUUCAUUGACAUGGACUCAAACAAGAAAGAUGCCAACUACUCACAAGACUAUAUUGGAGAGUCUGAGAAUGGCAACCAUCAUAUCUUUCACUUUCAGAGAAGCAGUAGCUGAUGUAGAAUACAAGGGGUACCUAAUUCCCAAAGGUUGGAAAGUGAUGCCUUUGUUCAGAAACAUUCAUCACGACCCAAAAUUCUUUAGCAACCCUCAGACCUUUGAUCCCUCAAGAUUUGAGGUUGCUCCAAAACCCUAUACAUUUAUGCCAUUUGGCAGUGGGGUCCAUGCCUGUCCCGGGAAUGAGCUUGCCAAGCUGGAGAUGCUCAUAAUGACCCACCAUCUAGUCACCAAGUUCAGGUGGGAAUUGGUAGGAUCUCAAAGUGGGAUUCAGUAUGGGCCAUUCGCAAUGCCUUUGAAUGGGCUCCCAGCCAGAUUUUGGAGAGAAUCUGCAGCCUGAACAAUAAAUUAAAGGCAGAUUCAUAUCAUAUGAGUAGUGCAUGUAAUGCCACUCACCCAAACUUACCUUUUAUUUUCCUUUUCCUUUUUUCUUUCCUUUUAUUUUUAACCAUCCCCUUCAAGCUCAUACAUGUGGGGAUAGAAGAUGCCUUCUUUUGAUUUUUGUUUUUUUUUCCUCUCCUCUUUUUUCUCCUCUAAGAUAUUAUUAUAUGCAUCAACUUGAAUUAAGAAUUCUCGAUGUCUCUCUUCACAAAUAUGUCUUU